UUUAAUUAAGCAUUUCCUUUGCGACCGAAGGAAUUGCACGCAAUGGCGCCACCACGGGUAUUCUGCGUGAGAAGAAGCAAACCGCAACUGAUUUUGCCAGAAACCGAAAUGUCACGCGACGUGAAACAGGUGUCGGACAUCGACGACCAAGGCAGCCUGCGAGUUCAAGUAGCGGUGUUAAUGGUGUACAAGAACAACCAGGAAAUGGGAUGGCUUGAUCCAGUUGAGGUAAUCAAAAUUGGGUUGGGGAAAGCACUUGUUUUGUACCACCCUUUGGCUGGGAGGGUUAUUGAAGGGCAGAAUAAGAAGCUUGUGGUUAUGUGUUUUGAUGACAAAGGGGUGUGGUUUGUACCUGCCAAAGCAAAUGUUGGGCUUGAGGAGUUGGGUGUUGAGUCCUUGCAGCCUCCAUGCCCUCACUUGAAUAAGCUUCUCCAACAUGUGCCUGGCUCCGAUGGGAUCACAGAUUGCCCUAUUCUACAUAUUCAGGUAACUCGUUUCACUUGCGGUGGUUUUGUAUUGGCCAUUCGGUUCAACCACACCAUGAUUGAUUCCCAAGGCUUAGUUCAGUUUCUAAACGCCGUCUACGAAUUGGGGCACGGCGGCGCCACCGCACCCUCCAUUUUACCCGUCUGGGAAAGAGACAUCUUAAACGCCAGGCCAACCCCACGCAUCUCUUGCACACACACAGAGUUCGAGGAGUCCGACGAAUCCAAGACCGCAGUGUUCCAUGGGAAAUCCGUCGACGUGGAAAAGCUGCUAAAGAAUCUCCGGUGGAUCUUCGGCGAGAAGCUCCUGUUUGACAUGUUCAUGAUCAAACGCUCCUUCACUUUCGGCUCCAGAGAGCUGCAGGCGAUCAAGGAUCAGUGCCCGGAAAACUGCACCACCUUCGAGGCGCUCACCGCGUGUUUGUGGAAAUGCCGCACCGCCGCUCUCCGCCCGCACCCCAACGCCACGAUGCGGUUAACGUUUGUCGUCAACGUACGAGAGAGAUUGCAGGGCGGCAUCUACCGGUUGGAUCCCGGGUACUACGACAACGCGUUUGUGUCGGUGGCGGCGGUCACCACGGCGGAGCUGCUGUGCACGAGGCCGGUGGGAUACGCGGCGGAGCUGAUUAGGGAGGCGAAGAAUAGUGUGAACUAGGAUUAUAUCAAGUCCGUGGCGGAUCUUAUGGUGCUUAAAGGCAGGCCGAAGUGGUCGAUUCUUAGGAACUUCUUGAUUGCGGACAACACACGAUUGGGACUUGACGAGGUUGAUUUUGGGUGGGGAAGGCCGAUGUUUGGUGGGGUGGUGUCGGUCAGUUAUGGUGUUGGCUAUUUGGUGCCUCAUAGAAGGAUGGAAGACAGAAUGGGUGUGCUGGUAGCACUAGCUUUACCUCCUAUAGUUAUGGGGAAAUUCCAAAAUGAGAUUAGGGAGAUGAUUGGAGACUGGAGAGCAUAAAUAAAUGCAAGAGUUACACCCAUUUGGACAAUUUAUUGAAUGCUAGAUUGAGUUAGAUUGUUUAAAUUUAGUUAGUGCCUUGUCGGGUAAUUGGAUGUGUCUUUCUUAUGUUGGUUCUAUUGUUAGUGAUUCCGUGCUAUUGUGAACACUUAAAGGUGCAUGUCAUGUUGUUCACAUUAGUCGGUCAGUGAACCAACUUGCUCACGCUCUUUCUAAAGCAGUUGGAUCUCAUGUUGGUCGCCCUUGCUCGUGGGAGGUUGAACCUCUAACUUUUGUUCAUACUUUCUUGAGUUAAUGCAGUUGUUUUGGUGUUUGCUUUCAAAAAAAUAUCGGAAAGUCGGAUGCCACAAGACUAUUACGGAUUAAUUAUAUUUGUUUGUGGUAAGGGGCCAGAUAUAAAGCAGAUUUUAAUCGCUUGUUAGAAGCUCAAAGCUCGUGGGCUAGCUCCCUCGUUCCUAACGAAAUUUUAUCCGGUUUCCUUGCCAAAAAACCUUGCUUUUCGGAGGAUCCAGGGGUCGAAAGGCGGGCUGCGGCUUAUUAAUUUAGGACUGCACAAAUAGACUUUUAUAAGCUUAUUUGUUGUUGAUUUAUCUGAGCUCUUGGAUCCUACGGUAUGGAUUGUUUUCCAACAAUCUAAGUGGAA